AUGUUCGGCUUUUUGGGUUUCGUACGAUAUAUUCGCCUCAGGUUUCUCAUGACCUUCUCCCGUCUUUUCAUCAAGUUUCUCUCGUCGCCGCCCAAGCCGCAACCGGACUCUGUUCUAAGAAUACCAUCUCGCGACAAGCAUCGGGCCAUCAAAGUCCAUGUUUAUCAGGCUCAUGACGAUUUCUGUCGACUGAUAACCAGAACCGCUGGUUAUAUAGUGCUUGAUGUUGAGUAUAGCCUCGGUCCUGAGCAGCUAUUUCCUGCGGCGAUCUAUGAUGUCGAAGAUGUUCUACAGUACGUGCCGAGCCGCCCGGAUGAGUAUGACGCAUCGCAAGCGUCUAUAUCUGGGGACCCCGGUCUGAAGCAGGUUCUGGCUCCAGGAGGAAAGAAUCGCCCGCCAUUCUGGACUAAAAUCUUUCAGGAAUCGUACAUCAAAGACAUAGAUCCUGGAGAUCCACGAAUUUCUCCGGCCUAUGCUAACAAAUCCAAUUUCCCCAAGGAUAUGCUUUUUGUGACAGCGGCGCAGGACGCGUCGGUACUCGAGGCUGAAGAGUGGGCCCAAAGAUACGAAAUCACUAGCGAAGUAAUUGUCGUGGCUAGAGAUGAGACUUAUCGGGUUGCUGUGGAUAACUUUGUUGCAGAAUAUUUUACUAAUCAACAAAACAUCCAAGUGCCGGCCGAGGUAAAAAGCAGGGUCCGUCGGCUUCGGCUACAGUGA